GGGGUGGAAGCCCUGGAGGCCACAGGCCCCAGACACAGCAGGUGGCUGUCAGCAGGAAGGAGCUGUGAGCACAGGAACCAGCUGGCCAGCGCUGGGGCAUCAGGUCUCACCUGCCUGGGGAAUGCAGGCCCCGGUCCUGCCCGGUGGCCCCUGAGCCACAUGGCCUCCCUGGGCUACAGGACACCUGCGCGCAGCCCACCACCAGGCAGGAGGAGAGCCAUGUGCUGGGCAAGUGCCUUCAGCUUCAUGGCGGCUGAGGAGAUGCACUGGCCUGUCCCCAUGAAGGCCAUUGGCGCCCAGAACUUGCUAACCAUGCCUGGGGGUGUAGCCAAAGCCGGCUACCUACACAAGAAGGGUGGCACCCAGCUGCAGCUGCUCAAAUGGCCCCUGCGCUUUGUCAUCGUCCACAAGCGGUGCAUCUACUACUUCAAGAGCAGCUCCUCCGCCUCCCCACAGGGCGCCUUCUCGCUGAGCGGCUACAACCGAGUGAUGCGGGCGGCUGAGGAGACCACGUCCAGCAAUGUCUUCCCUUUCAAGAUCGUCCACAUCAGCAAGAAGCACCGGACAUGGUUCUUCUCAGCCUCCUCUGAGGAUGAACGCAAGAGCUGGAUGGCCUUGCUGCGCAGGGAAAUUGGCCUCUUCCAUGACAAGAAGGAGCUGCCCCUGGAUGGAAGUGACUACAGCUCUGACGCAGACAGCUUCUACGGUGCAGUCGAGCGGCCUGUGGACAUCAGCCUCUCUUCGUACCCAACAGACAGUGAAGACUAUGAACAUGACGAUGAAGACGACUCGUACUUGGAGCCUGACUCCCCUGAGCCCUUGAAGCCUGAAGAUGCCCUGACCCACCCACCGGCCUACCCGCCUCCUCCUGUGCCCACGUCCAGGAAGCCAGCCUUCACCGACAUGCCCCGUGUCCACUCCUUUGCCUCCAAGGGCCCGAGCCCUCUGCUGCCACCCCCACCCCCUAAACGUGGCCUCCCUGAUGCUGGCCUGGCCCCAGAGGACUCCAGGAGGGAUCUGCUGGGCCUGAGGCUGACUGAGCCCAGCCCCAGAGUGCCUGCUGCAUCCCGCAGGAUGAGCGACCCCCCAGUGGGCAGUCUGCCCACCACGCCCAGCCUCCGAAAACCCCCUUACUUCCGUGAGAGCCCCGGCCCCAGCUCAGAGCCGCCGGUCCCUGGCCAUGGGACCAGCUCUGCCGGCACGGCCACUGCCGCUUCCAGGAACUGUGACAAGCUCAAGUCCAUCCGUCUGUCCCCCUGGGGGCGCACUCCUGAGCCCCCAGCUGUGCCAGCCAUCAAGCCCAAGUUCCUGAAUACAGCUGAAGAGGUUUUCCUGAGGGAGGCCGCAAGACCUGGACCCUUUGUGCCCCCUGUGGCUCCCAGGCCUCCUGCACUGAAGCUGUCUGGGCCUGAGGCCACAGCCCGGCCUGCAGUCCUGCCCAAGCCAGAGAAGCUGCUCCUCCCCCACCUCCAGCGGUCGCCCCCCGACGGGCAGAGUUUCAGGAGCUUUUCCUUUGAGAAACCCCGGCAACCCUCACAGGCUGAUACUGGUGGCGAGGACUCGGAUGAGGACUAUGAGAAGGUGCCUCUGCCCAGCUCCGUCUUCGUCAACACCACGGAAUCCUGCGAAGUGGAAAGGCUGUUCAAAGCCGCAAGCCCCCGGGGAGAGUCCCAGGAUGGACUCUACUGCAUCCGCAACUCCUCCACCAAGACCGGGAAGGUUUUAGUCGUGUGGGAUGAAAGCUCCAACAAAGUGAGGAAUUACCGCAUCUUUGAGAAGGACUCUAAAUUCUACCUGGAGGGUGAGGUCCUGUUUGUGAGUGUGGGCAGCCUGGUGGAGCACUACCACACCCACGUGCUGCCCAGCCACCAGAGCCUGUUCCUGCAGCACCCCUACGGCUACGCUGGACCCAGGUGACACCUGAAUCACGUACUGCCGGACAGAGGCGAUCGUGGGGGCUGUGAUCCCAGGCCAUGCAGAUGAGACUAGCCUGCAUGGGAGAACGAUCAGGAGAGAGUGCCAUGCUCUGGCUUGGGGUAUCCGUUAUCUCAGGCCAGUCCCCCCCCAGCAGGCUGGGUCUCCGGAGCCAGGCCAGGUCCCAAGCUUCAGAAGAUUGGGCUCUCCUAUCCAGCCCACCUCCCAGGAACCCAGGGUCCCAGGACUGAGCCCUGACUGAGCUUCACAGACAGUGGUUCUGGUUCUGCCAUUACACCCACCUUCCCCUGAGCUGGGAGCUGGGCAAGGCUGGGGCUUUUGGGGGUGGGGCAGGAGCCAGCUCCGGGGCCACUCCCCAGCAGGAACGCUAAGGUGCUAGCGGUCACUGUUGCACACAAUAAAGCACAGAUGACCUUU